AUGGAUGUCCAUGUCCAUAGGAAUAUUAUUUCAGAGCCAGACCAUGAGACAGUGACACUGGCUUCACACACAGCUGUGUCUGGAGCACAGCUAGAAUUAAAACGCCAGACAAACGGCAAACGGCCAGCUACAACUUACAGCCCAAAGGGGAGAAACUCUCAGCCGAAUGAUCCCGAGUAUUCCCGAGCGCACCCCCGCUCUUCUGAAAAUCUUGCAGAAGAAUACUCGGUAAAGUUCGCUCAGUAUCUUUUGUAUCUUCAAGUAAUUGCUGAAGAUAAGAGUGCUGAGGUGUCAAAGAUGGAGUAAAAACUUUGGACGGUUUAGGAUCUUGUAAAUUGUUAGCCAUUUCAUGGAUACUAUCAACCAUGGAGUCUAAUAAAGCUCUGGGGGUGUAAUUAUGCUUCAUAUCUCCAAUAGUCGGCUGGUCUCUUUUAUCGUCGAGUGAUUGAUGGAAGUUUACGCAAAGGUGGCUAUUGCCUAGUGAAAAUGGUUCAUACUGCACUUUGCUCGGGAAGUGCUCAUUUAUCAGUGUGCGUCGACGACACUGGAUGUAACGCUGCCAUUCGCGAAAACUGAAGAGUCUUGCGUCAAGUAUUCUUCUUUCCUCGGCAACUCUGUAAUUAAUAUUUUCUAUAUUUAG